AUGCCGAAUACAACGACGGACAGUGGUUUAUCAGCCAACACUGGUACGCCACCACCAGCGGCAGACACGGUUGCCGUAGUUUACGCCAGGUUACCGGUACCCACCAUGUCCAGUACCAAUAUCGAAGCAUGGUUUACAACGAUGGACUUUUGGUUCACGGCAUCCGGAAUUACCACCGACAAACAAAAAACAGCUACAGUCUUGGCAGCGCUGGACCCAGCCGUUAUCGCUAAGCUCAGUGAUGUUAUUGCCUCACUACCACAAACCGAUCGUUUCGACUAUGUAAAGCGAAAACUAAUAGAGCACUUUGCCGACAGCGAGCAACGACGACUCAACCGAUUAUUAUCAGAACUACCAUUAGGGGACAAAAAGCCGUCCGAAUUAUACUACGAGAUGAGGCAAGUUGCAGGUAAUACCCUGGGGGAAGCGGCACUAAAAGGUCUCUGGACGAAACGCCUACCCGAAUUUGCCCAACCUGUCGUUGCUGCAACGUCAGGACCAGCCACAGAAUUCACGCGAAUUGCCGAUUCUAUUAUAGAUGCCGUAGCGCCAGGUCAAGUUAACAGAAUCAAAGCUGAACAACCAAACGAGUUAACUGAACUGCGCGCUGCUGUCAGGGAAUUAAACAACAAGUUCGAAAAAUUCACAGUUCGCUCAAGCUCACGUAAUCGCAGGCGGUCCAAUUCUCGCCGAUACUCGCGCAGCCGCGAUCAUUCUCACGUCGCUGGCACAUCGCACACAACUUCUGCUGAGUGCUGGUACCACCAAAGGUAUGGCGGUAACGCUCGGAAAUGCAGAAGCCCUUGCCGACGUAAGAAUCGAACGGCAGCUACUCCCGCAGCCAAUUCGUCAACUAAUUGA